AGUUGGCUGUUGUUAGCUGUUGUUAGCUGUGACUGGGGUGCUGUGAGGAGAGUGGGGCUCAGUGUGACCAGGCAGAGGCCAGUGUUGCAAGCAGGCGGGCAGUGGAGAAAGUGUUGAGCGGCAGAGACGUGCCCAGAGUGGAUAAACCAUGCUCACUAAGUGGAAGAAAGACUCUGCCCAGGACACAAGAUGAAGGUGGAGUGGAAGACCUCUUCUACAGGCGACAGUUUUACUGACAUUCCUCCACUACUGACGCUCUUUGGCCUCCUCCUCCUUCUCUUCACAGGUGAGGUGUCGGGAGUGAAUGUGACCAGCCAAACCCAGGUGGUGAGGGGCACCGUGGGCAAAGAGGCCCUCUUGUCAGUCAGCUACUCCAGCAGCAGCUUAGACAAGCCUGUGAUUAAGUGGCAGCUAAAGAGGGACAAAGAGAAACCUAUCACUGUUGUGCAGUCCAUUGGAACAGACAUCAUAGGGAACCUGAGGCCAGAGUACCGCAACCGUAUCGUGGUGUUUGAGAAUGGGUCACUGCUACUUCACAACCUGCAGCUGUCAGACGAAGGGGCGUACGAGGUCGAGAUCUCCAUCACAGAUGACACCUUCACUGGAGAGCACUACAUUGAGCUCACUGUGGAUGUUGCAGUGUCCAAACCUUACGUCCAGAUGAUAGCCUCGUCCGUCCUGGAGUGGAGCGAGCAGUUUAACCUCCACUGUUCCCACAAUAACGGCACAAAGCCCAUCUACGGUUGGCUGAAGGGAGGCAAGGUGCUGACCAAUGACACACGUCUGCUGCUUUCCCAUGACCAAAAGGUGCUGACCAUCUCGCGUGUUGUGAUGUCAGAUGAUGACCUUUACGUCUGCACAGUGGAGAACCCCAUCAGCAGCAUGAAGAGCACGCCUGUCAGGCUCACUGUCUACAGACGAAGCUCGCUGUACAUCAUCCUGUCCACCGGGGGCAUAUUCCUCCUAAUCACCCUGGUGACAGUGUGUGCCUGUUGGAAACCAUCCAAAAAGAAACAUCGACCUGUCCCCCAAAGAGCUCCCAUCUAUCUGGAGCAGAGUGAACAUGGCCAUGAUGUUGAUGUUGUUCCCAAACCAACUACACUUGGCCGAAGGAGUCCCAUGCCUCUUUACGUUCUCAAUGAAGACGAGACUAUCGAGCGUUCGGAAGAAUGUUCUGGCAAUGUUGCCGUCCAAUCAGAAAUGAACAUCCCUGCUACCUAUGCUCCAGUGCUUCCCCCCUCCUCCAACAGAACUGAGCGGCCCAUCUGGUCUGCCCCACGCAGAUACCCCCGCUGCCCAUCUCCACUGGCACAGCCUCUCCCACAACCCCUUCCAGGUCCUCCCCUGCGCCCGGUCCGCUCCCCUGCUCACUCUCCUUGUUCAUCUCCACGCAGUUUCAGCCCGAUAAGAAAAGCCCGUCCCCCAGUAGGCAUCCCAACCAGCCACCUGCCUGUAGAGGCAGAGUGCCUUGACCCUAGUGAUCAGACCCACAGUCCAUCACAGCAGUGACGGCUUAAUGUACGUUUUCAUUCUGUGAUAUGUAAAGUACAUGUGUAGUUUGUUUCACCCUGCCACGAGGAUAAUGGAUUUGAUGCACUAGGUAAAGAGAUGAGUUUGCAGUCAGCUAAUUUUUCACAUGCCAUUAUUUAUCACUUAUUUCUCUACGGCUAUGCACAAUAUUUCUGUAGUUUUUUCAUGCUAUCUUGUCAUGUGAAAAAUGAUAUUCUGUCUACCAGCAUGUAGUAUAUAAUGUAUAUGAUGCUGAGACAGUAAAGAAUUUCCAGCUCUGGUAUGUUUUUUGCUUCUUUAUGAACUAUGAAUUUUCCUGGGAACAUUUGAUAAUACCUGUACAUAUGUAAGUUAAUAGCUUCGGGUCAGGUGUUCAAACCACAAAGUGUAUUGUUAUUCAACAGUAGGUCGUCGUAUAACCUAAGGUAAUAAAAACUGUUUAAAUA